AUGGCGGCCUUCACCAAGCUCGAGGACUCCCCCAUGUUCCGCAAGCAGGUCAAUUCUUUGGAACAAAUUACCGAUGAACUGAAACAGCGGUGUUCAAACCUUCAUAAAGGAUGCAAAAAAUUCAUGGGAUCUCUUGAUGAAGGAUACGCAGGGGAUCUUUUAUUUGCUGACGCCCUAGAAGCUUUUGGUGCUGGUCGAGAUGACCCUGUUAGUGUUGCCAUUGGAGGGCCUGUAAUGUCCAAGUUCACUACUGCUUUUAGGGAGCUUGGAACGUACAAGGAGCUCCUUCGUUCCCAGGUCGAGCAUAUGCUUAGUGAACGGUUGACGCAAUUCAUUAACGAGGAUCUGCAUGAUGCAAAGGAUUGUCGACAGCGUUUGGAUAGGGCUACAAUGGGCUAUGAUCAGGCCCGUGAAAAAUUUGUGUCAGUGCGGAAAGGGACUAGAGCAGAAGUAGUGACAGGACUUGAGGAGGAUCUACACAACGGCAAGUCAGCUUUCGAGAGAUGCCGCUUUAACUUAGUUCAUGCCCUUGCAAACAUUGAAGCAAAGAAGAAGUAUGAGUUCUUGGAAUCAAUAAGCGCAGUGAUGGAUGCCCAUCUAAGAUAUUUUAAGCAGGGAUUUGAGCUACUGAGCCAAAUGGAACCGUUCAUUCACCAGGUUCUAACAUAUGCACAGCAAUCAAAAGAAAUGGCUAUGAACGAGCAAGAUAAACUUGCAAAGAGAAUUCAAGAGUUCAGAACUCAAGAAGAAAUUUCAAACUUGAGAAUGGCUAGUAAUGUAAACACAUCUACGAGUGGUGAUGGCAUCCAUGUUGUUGGUCUUCAAUCCUAUAAAAAGAUUGAAGCCUUGAUGCAGUCAACUGCCAAUGGCCAGGUUGAAAUAAUUAAACAAGGUUAUCUCUUUAAGCGUUCUGAAAAUUUACGAGGAGAAUGGAAGAGGAGGUAUUUUGUUCUUGACAGCCAUGGGACUCUGUACUACUAUGGGAACAAGGGAAAUAAACAAUUGCAAGGAGUGGCAUCACAGCAAACUGCUGAACCGGCUGGUGUAUUUAGUCGCUUCAGAUUCUUAAAUCAAAAAGCUUCAUCCCAGGGGGAUGAUUCUCUUUCAUGUCGUACAAUUAAUCUCAGAACUUCAACAAUUAAGAUGGAUGCUGAAGAAAAUGAUUUAAGAUUUUGCUUCAGAGUAAUCACCCCCAUGAAGGCAUACACUUUACAGGCGGAGACAGAGGCUGACCAAAAGGACUGGAUCGAAAAAAUAACAGGAGUUAUUGCAUCACUGCUGAAUUCACCAUUCCCGCAUCAGCCGCCAUACGGGAGCCUAGCAGCAGAAAGACAUGGUUCUGCAAGUUCCCUUGAUUCUGCUGCAUCUCUUGAAGAGAGCAAAACUUCAGAGGCACACAGUGAUGCAAUAAACCAUCUCAGGAAUAUCCCUGGAAACGACAGUUGUGCAGAAUGUCGUUCUCCAGAUCCUGACUGGGCAUCUCUAAACUUGGGUAUUCUUAUUUGCAUUGAGUGCUCAGGGGCUCACAGGAAUCUGGGAGUCCAUAUUUCAAAGGUUCGGUCCUUGAGAUUGGAUGUGAAAAUAUGGGAGCCAGUAAUUAUUGAUUUGUUUCGUGCACUUGGAAAUGAUUACAAUAAUUCCAUUUGGGAAGCUUUGCUUCCGAAAGAAGGUCAAGGAAUGGAUGAGUCAAAUAGCACUAUCCUGUUCAUGGAAAAGCCUAAACCUACUGAUGCUUUCUCAAUAAAGGAAAGGUUCAUACAAUCAAAGUACGUGGACAAACUUCUUAUUGCCAAAGACACCAAUCAAAUUACCAUUGGUAUACUGGAAGCUAUAAGGACAAAUGAUGUGAGAGCAGUGUAUCACAUUCUUGUGUUGGCUGAUGCAAGCCCUAACAUGACAUAUGAUGAGUUGAACAACGAUGUUAACCAUGUUCUACCGGUAACAGACAGGAAAUUAUUUGAUCCAGCCUCUUGUGAGAAAAUAGAGGAUUCUGGGAAACCAGAAGGUUGUCUGCAAGGCUGCUCCUUAUUGCACUUGGCAUGUCAACAUGGUCAUCCUGUACUAGUUGAGCUUCUGCUACUUUUGGGCGCGGAUAUUAAUAAGCAGGAUUUCCAUGGACGGACACCAUUGCACCAUUGUGUCCAAAAGAGUAAUGAUGCCCUUACCAAACAUCUACUGAAGAGGGGUGCAAGAACAACAAUUAAAGAUGGUGGGGGCCUGACUGCUUUGGAGAGAAGAAUGGAGCUUGGAGCAAUAACAGAUGAAGAAUUGUUCAUAUUAUUUGUGAGGUUGUACCGCUGUAGCCUUAGCAAGCAAAGCUCGUCUGUAUCUGAAGGGGUCGUGCCACCUGUUUUAGCUUCUUUCUACACUUGUACAUCGGAAGACAAGACAAACUUACUGGAGAUUACUGUAUCUGACCUUUGCACUGGGUCGCUCCUUUGUAUUACAACUAUAGGCUAG